AUGAAAAACCCUCAAGACGGAAUGUGGAAAGUGUUCAAACUCCGACUGCAAGAAGGCGAGAAGAACAGGGAUGUAAAGGGACUGGAUACUGGUCUGAAAGGACUGGACACUGGUCUGAAGGGACUGGACACUGGUUUGAAGGGACUGGAUACUGGUCUGAAGGGACUGGACACGGGUCUGAAGGGACUGGACACUGGUCUGAAGGGACUGGAUACUGGUCUGAAGGGACUGGACACGGGUCUGAAGGGACUGGAUACUGGUCUGAAGGGACUGGAUACUGGUCUGAAGGGACUGGACACUGUUCUGAAGGGACUGGACACUGGUCUGAAUGGACUGGACACUGGUCUGAAGGGACUGGACACGGGUCUGAAGGGACUGGACACUGGUCUGAAGGGACUGGACACUGGUCUGAAGGGACUGGACACUGGUCUGAAGGGACUGGACACUGGUCUGAAGGGACUGGACACGGGUCUGAAGGGACUGGACACUGGUCUGAAGGCACUGGACACUGGUCUGAAGGCACUGGACACUGGUCUAAAGGGACUGGAGGAGGAGGGGGAGGAGGAGGAGGAGGAAGAGGAGGAGGAGGAGGAAGAGGAGGAGGAAGGGUAG